UUCAAACAGAACCAACUGACUUCAAGAAAACUUGUUGAGUUCUACCUUCAAGAAAUCCACAGGCUCAACCCGGUCCUUAAUGCAGUCCUAGAGGUGAACCCAGAUGCCCUUCACCAAGCUGAUAAGGCAGACUAUCAGCGAAAGGCAAAGUGCCCCGGUUACUAUUCUGGGUGGUAUUCCUAUCUUGCUCAAGGACAACAUUGGAACCAAAGAUAAGCUUAACACCACUGCUGGCUCAUUGGCUCUGCUUGGCUCAGUUGUGCCUCGUGAUGCCGGCGUGGUGAGCAAGUUAAGGAGCGCGGGAGCCAUCAUAUUGGGGAAGGCUAGCUUAAGUGAGUGGUCUCAGUUCAGGUCUCUUGCAGCACCCGCUGGCUGGAGUGCCAGAGGUGGGCAAGGAAAGAACCCUUAUGUGCUAUCAGCAACUCCCUGUGGAUCAAGCAGUGGACCAGCAAUUUCAGCUGCAGCAAAUUUGGUAGCAGUAUCAAUGGGGACUGAGACUGAUGGCUCCAUAUUAUGUCCAGCAAGUUUCAACUCCGUUGUGGGCAUAAAACCAACAGUUGGCCUCAUCAGCCGUGCAGGGGUGAUUCCGGUAACUCCCAGACAGGACACCGUUGGGCCCAUCACCAGGACAGUUUCAGAUGCCGUUCAUGUUCUUGAUGCCAUUGUAGGCUAUGAUUACAAUGAUCAAGCAACCAGAGAAGCCUCCAAGUACAUUCCAAGCGGUGGCUACAAACAAUUUCUUCAGGCGUACGGGCUCAAAGGAAAGAGACUUGGAAUAGUGAGGGAUCCCUUCUUCACUUCAGGCAGCGGAUCUCUCCAGCUUCAAGCGUUUGAGAAACAUUUCCAGACUCUAAGGCAAGGAGGUGCUGUUUUGGUAGACCAUUUACAAAUAGCCAACAUUGAUGUUAUCUUGAACUUCAUUUUGAGUGGGGAAGCAACAGCAUCACUGGCUGAGUUCAAGCUAGCCUUGAAUGCAUAUCUAAAAGACCUGGUGGUAUCUCCGGUUCGAUCAUUGGCAGAUGUAAUCGCCUUCAACCUCAAGUUCUCGGGUGUGGAAUUGAUCAAGGAAUUUGGACAAGACAUUUUUCUUGCUGCCCAAGCAACAAAUGGGAUAGGCAACAAUGAAAAGGCAGCUUUGUUGAAUCUAGCUAAGCUGACAAAAUAUGGGUUUGAGAAAUUGUUGACAGACAACAGGCUAGAUGCAUUGGUGACUCCUGGUUCACAUGUUUCCCCUGUGCUUGCAAUUGGGGGUUUCCCAGGAAUUAGUGUCCCUGCUGGAUAUGACAAGCAGGGUGUGCCCUUUGGCAUAACCUUCGGGGGACUGAAGGGUUCUGAGCCAAAGCUGAUCCAGAUUGCCUAUGGUUUUGAGCAAGCUACUAAAGUUAGGAAGGCUCCUACAUUUUUGCCUUGAUAAUGAUUUAGAAUAGCUUUCAACCGAAGUUUACUUCUUUUGUUGCAGUCAUGAACCAAGUGUGUUGUAAUGUCAUCUAUAAAUUACAUGAUACAUCUUAGUUGGGACAAAAUUUUGAUAAUUUCAUGUUUACUUGAAUUA